AUGCUGCGCCAAUAUCUCACAAGAAUCGUUGGCGGGAGUCAGCCUCUCACCUAUUACCCCAGAAAGGUUGCUCACUGGAUUGCACCUCCUCCUAAGAAAUCAGAUGAUGACCGUGAUCAGUGGCCUUCUCGAGCAGCUUUCUUGCUGGCCGCCAUGGGAGGCUGUGCUGGCCAAGGAAACUUGCUGCGAUACCCGUCAGUAGUCUACAACAACUAUGGACUACAGUGGUUUAUUCCAUAUUUGUUGGCUGUCUUUGCAAUUGCCAUCCCAGCCCUUAUUCUGGAAAUCGCUAUUGGACAAGCCUAUCGUGGCGGGGCGGUGAUCGCGUUCAAUAACAUCAAUAAUCGAUUGAAAGGUGUCGGCCUUGGUCCAGCCAUUGUCAGCUUUGUCGUCGUGCAGUAUUUCACGGUCAACUUAGCGUGGAUUAUGAACUAUUUUCGCAACUCCUUUCACAGUCCCCUACCAUGGGAAGGCCGAAUAGAGGAAUUCUAUAUGGGCAAUGUUGUUGCCAAUGUUGACCCCGUAGUGGGAAGUCUCACUGCAGACAAUAGUGCUAUUACAGACUACACUUCUUUCCCCGGCGUUUCCUUGAUCGGUGAGACGGUCGGCUGGAGCGCCUUCAUCUGGUUUCUCAUUUGGAUAUCCAUUUUUCGUGGUGUAGGUCUGACCGGCCGUGUGGUAUACUGGACAAUGGGUUUGCCGAUUGUCACAACCAUUAUUAUCGUUGGUCGUUCUUGUUCACUUGAAAAUGCAGGUGAAGGUAUUCGACUUCUAUGGGCAACAUGGAGGGGUGACCAACUUGCCUCGGGGACCGUUUGGCAAACUGCAGUUGGACAGGUCUUCUUUUCCACUGGAAUCGGCUUUGGAUAUUUCACUUCAUAUGCUUCGUAUAACUCCAAGCACUCCAAUGCUGUCAUGGAUGCGAUCCUGAUAUGUGGUAGCAAUGUUUUGUUUGAAAAUUUUGCUGCCUUUGCCGUAUUUGGCGUCAUAGGCUACCUUCGACGAUGGCCACAGGAUGGUGAGCGAUUAGGAGCAUUUGUGGUUGGCUUCUUGACACUUCCGGAGGCUGUGCUUCACAUGCCGGGCGCGAAUUGGUGGGCUAUUCUUCUCUUCUUCACACUGGUGGUUCUUGGGUUCAGUUCUGCCUUUGUGAUGCUUGAUGUGGUGGCUACCCUAGCUGUGGACGCUGGCGUCAAACUGUCACGACCAGUAAUUGUGACUGGACUCACAAUACUGUCAUUCCUCAUGUGUCUGCCAUACUGUACCCAGUUUGGAUUCUAUCUACUGGACGGCAUCGACCGAUGGAUCAACAACGUGGCUUUAAUAUUUGUUGUGUGGUCAGAACUAGUCGGAGCUACAACGGUAUAUCGGUGGCACGAUGUGGUGAGCCAGACUGGCUUUCCAGCUUUUGUUCUCUAUAAUUUCGGAUAUUUUGGUGCUCAAAUUCUCGGAGUUGCAGUCGCACACGGAGUUUCUAGUCCAGAAGCUGGUGCCGGUGCAGGGUUUGGGCUGUAUAUCUUCUGCUCAAUAGUGUCAACAGUGGUGGCUACGACUCCCAACAUCAAAGCUCCCAGCUUCUGGGGACGAAGUCUACUUCUCAGUCGAUUUUGGUAUUUAGCUUUCUACUCUGGAAACCAGUUGAGACGCGACUUGAACGACGUUGUAGGCGGCAACGGAAACUGGAACAUUCCUCGUUUCUGGCCCGGUCUCCUCCGGUACAUCAGCGCGCCUAUUCUGGCCAUUGUGUUUAGCUUUGCAUAUCCUGAAUUCUACUCCCUGCGGUAUGAUCCAAUGAUGAUUGCAGGGUUUGUUCUGGCACAUAUGUGCUUGUUCUUGAUUUUGCUUGGUGUGGUGUUACCGCGAUACUACAAUGUUUUCAUUCCGGUCCAUCGGCGGGGCGAAGGAAGCGAAAUUACGGUUGUCAGUCAGCCUAAAGAGCAGUUUGUAGACACUUCUGCGUUUGACAUUGAGGGGGGCAUUGCGGGUCUAGAGCCUGUGAACAUAAGUUCCGACCGGACAAGUUCCGAGAAUACGACAAGAAAACACGGGGUUUAG